GGCAGUCUAUGUAAACGUAAGGUCUCGUGGAACACAAGCUCGGCCACUGAGAGAGAGAGAGAGAGAGAGAGAGAGAGAGAAAAAGAGCAGGCGCUUGAGUGCACCCGCGCUUCUAAUCCUAAUACAUCUUGCCGAGUGAAGGAGAGAGGAAGAAAGAGAAAUCUACGUGUCUGAUCUAAAUACAUAUUCGCGACCUGUCAUUAAGGUGAUCCGUCCUACGUGACAACCCCGUUGUUGACAACUCACGUCGGUGUUUCCGGACAAAGCUCGCGCCACUUUCAGUGUCUGCAACGUAUGCGCGCUCACCAAGGUGCCAAGCGAUUCAGAACUCCGUACCUACAAAGAACCGCGCGAGAGAGGCAAGCGCGUCCUGAAAUCACCGAAGGAAGAAGAAGAGUGAGAAUGUCGAGAACGAGUUACUAUGCCGCCGAUACGAGGAUGGUGGUCGUCGUCACGAUCGUGGUUAUGUUGUGUUAUCCCACUGUGAUCGACACGGCUGCGGUGGUCAAGACCGAGAUAUUUGACCAGCAUCUACAAAAUAUAGUUUUACACGGACCUAGAAACAUGAGGGUUUUACGGAGUGCGGAGGGUAGCGAGAAGAGCGACCAGAGGCGGAUUUGUUACAAUUUGCCCUGCGCGUGGGAGGUUUACGAUCCGUAUACGCGCAACUCGGAAUAUACUAUAAAAAAUGAUUGCGUGUGUCCAGAUAACAGCUACAAAUGCGUGCGCUCCAACGACGUGCUGUCGGCGAGCGCGUAUUCGUACCACUGCCGUCAGAAUACGACGGCGGACGACAUUGAAUAUUCCAAGGACGCUAACUGAGAGAGAGAGAGAGAGAGAGAGAGAAAUCUUCGAAAAGUAACGCGUUAACCCUGAUCGUUUCUCUUAACCAAAAAUAAAUAAGGUGUGAAAUCUACGCAAAAUUAUGUUUUUGUACGAGUUCGGCCGAGGAGAUCGUGUUAUAACCGAGUUAUAUCAUUAUUUUGAGCAAACAAAUUUUGUAUGGACAUCACACCUUUUAUAUUAGCAAUACGCUAUGCGAAGAAUAAGGGCAUUCGACGAGAAAUAUGAAGGCAAUUUCAUCACCCUCCUCUCUUACCUCUUGUACUUAACACAGUCGGCCUUUUAUACUUUACAAAAUAGCAGAAAAUCCUUCGCUUCUUUGCCUUCCUUUUGCGUAUAUAAUCAAGUAUAUUAUUUAUAACAAUAUAUCGCAUAGACACACAGGAAGAUGUCGAGUUAUACAAAACUACGGGGAUAAAGCAGUGUAACGUACACAUUGCUUGUCUUUCAAAUUCGGUUUUCAGAGUUCGAAAGCAAAAAUUCUGAAAGGUGGAUCAAAUAAAUUGAAACAUGGUAAAAGAAACGUCUCACCAAAGAUGCGAUAAGUUCUCCAAUAACUUUGUUCAAAGGUAAUUGCCUCUAAAACUGAGCCAAGUUGUGCUACCUUAAUACAGCAUACUUUAUCCGAAAGACGUCCUAAGGACGUAAAAAACGUCCUCUUGGAAUUCUCCUAUGGGACAACCCCAGGCAACACGUAUGCUUAAAAGACGUCCUUUAGACGUCUCAAUGUCUUAUUUAGGAUAUUCAGCGUAUCCUACUUGGCCGAAGCAAAAUUAAGAAUUAGCAUGAAAGAAGGAUCUUCUUUCUAUCUCUUUCAUAUUUCAACCGUAAAAAAAGAAUGAAAGGUGUUACGCUUUUCCAAUCGGAACGCAUGUCGCUAAUAUCGUCGUCUCGAGGAAAAAACGGGUUAUAGGAGAUAAGUAAAUAUAAUAAGAUAAAUAUUUAAGUUUGUUGUAUUCAUGCUUAGUAUUUCACUUGAUAUUACAACGAGUAAGAUAAUAUACUUCAGUCUAGUGUACUAAUCAAGUCUCUAUUGUUAAUCUUAAUUAUUUUUACCAAUGUAAUUAUAUAAUGCCACUGGUUGCGCACUGCUGUUUUUUUUUUCUACUAUUAAGAACAUUUCUGCGGACAUUGAGUUGGAAAGUUUAGUUUCAUAUUGUAAUUUGUAUUAUCCUCCGCUCUUUCUUUAUCCUAUUUAAUAAUAAUCGAUGAACUACUGGAUGCGCGAGUACAUUUAAGAAUUUUCCUUUUGCGGGUUAUACCUCCAUCAAUAAAUUAAGUCUUGAUUAGGAUUUCAUGUUGUGCGCGACCUAUGUAUUAAUGUGUGACUGAUGUCAUAUCACUGGUUUAUAGCCACAUUAAUUAUGCGAUUGAGAAAUUUGUCGGGCUUAUUGUAAUAUUAACGGGCGUAUUCGCGCUAUAAUAAAACCAACUCUUUUACGGAC